AUGCAGCCGAGUCACAUCCCGAUCGCGGUCGGCACGGCCCUGCUCUGGGGCUUCGGGUUCGUGACCAGCAAGUACGGCGCGGACCACAUGCCGCCGCUGUUCUUCUUGGCGCUGCGCUUCACACUGAUGGCGUUGAUGCUGGUCUGGUUCGUGCGCCCGCCCAAGGGCCGCUGGCUUGCCGUGAGCCUCUUCGCGCUGACUAUGGGCGCCGGUCACUUCGGCCUCUUCUACAUCGCGCUCAAUAUCGGCGUGGAGGCCUCGACUGCGGCGAUCAUCUGGAUCACGCAAGUGCCACUCAGCGCCCUGUUGGCGGGGCUUGUCCUGCACGAGCGCCCUGGGCUGGCUGGCCAUCGUCGGCAUCGCCAUUGCCUUCGGCGGUGCCGUGGUGCUGUGUUCGGCUCGACCCUGCUCGCCUAUUGGGCCUGGUACUAUCUGCUCGCGCACAACCGGGUGGCGACGGUUGCCGGCUUCAUGCUGCUCGUGCCGGUUGUGGGCGUGAUCUUCGGCCUCGUCAUCCUGGGCGAGCCGCUCACCUGGCAGACUCUCGUGGGCGGCGUGAUCAUCGUCUCGGGCGUGGCCCUCAUCGUGCUCCGGCGCAAGAGGGAGCCUGCUGCGGAAUCGGAGCAGAGCGUGACGAAUGAGAGCGUCGCCGGGCGUGCGGCGAUCGACUUGCCCUCGCCCAAUCGGGACGACCGGCCUGCGGACGCCGGCCCGGUCGACACGCUGGUUCUGCACUAUACCGGCAUGGUCUCGGCCGAGGCUGCGCUUGAGCGCUUGACCGCGCCCGAAGCCAAGGUCAGCGCGCACUGGUGCAUCGGCGAGGACGGCACCCUCUGGCGGCUGGUGCCCGAGGAGCAACGCGCCUGGCAUGCGGGGCUCAGCGAAUGGCGCGGCCGCCGCUCGGUGAACGACGUCUCGAUCGGGAUCGAGCUGGUCAAUCCCGGCCACGAGCAUGGCUACCGCCCGUUCCCCCCUGCCCAGAUGGAUGCCUUGCUCGACCUUGCUCGCGCGAUCGUAGAGCGGCACGCCAUCGACCCCCUGCAACGUGGUGGCGCAUUCCGACAUCGCGCCCGAGCGUCGGCAGGAUCCCGGCGAGCUCUUCGACUGGGCGCGCCUCGCCGAGGCGGGCAUCGGCCUCUGGCCGGAGAGCGUCGCCGAGCCUGUGGGGGAGGGCCGUGCACUGCGCCAGGGCGAUCGUGGCGCUGCCGUCGGCGGCGACAGGAGCGGCUGCGCGCGGUCGGCUACGGGCUGGCAACCGACGCCGACUUCGGCACUUCUACGGCGGCCGUCGUGCGCGCCUUUCAGCGGCAUUUCCGUCAGGCGCGCGUUGAUGGGGUCAUCGAUGCCGGCACGGACGCCGGUGACUAG